AUGAGAAUUUUUCUCGAAAAUGGCCGAUCCACACUAAUCAUUUCGUUUUUUCUGCUUCUUCUCCCUCAAAUUUCUUUCUCAAUUAAGUGCUAUUUUCAGUCGACUUUUGCCCGGCAUAGUAAUAUCAGUCUUCAAGAAGCUUCAUGCGAAUGCGAAUACUGUGCAAAAGCCGUAUCAAAGGUUGAUAACACCAAAGAGAUCAUUGAAUAUUGGUGCGGAUGUAGACCGGAAUUCACGUGUCGGAGUGACGGUCUCUACCGCUUCAAUAGUAUCUAUGAUGAAUACGCGAUUGCACAUUGUUGUUCAACCGACUUGUGCAAUUCAUCCGCCUCACAAUUUCGCCUUUUCUUUGCCUUACUAUUUUUGUUGUACGUAUUU